AUGAAUAGAGAAAGAUCAAUCGCCGGCGCGCAAGCUAUUUUGGAUUACACCUUCAGAAACCCGGAGCUGUGCUGGGAAGCACUCCAAGCAAAAGGCGCAGGAGGUUACCCGGAGGGCAACAAGCGGCUAGCUUUAUGCGGAGACGCAGUACUUCGACUUUUGAUUGUACAGUUGUGGUAUCCCACCGGAAGAACUGCUGAACAUGCUUCGAACGUGGUCGCAACAACGGCAUCAAACGACAACCUAGCCGUGAUUGGUAGACAGUUUGGGUUGCCAGUACUUAUCAAUAAGAAUCCAUCGCAGAAGGGGGAGGUUCCCGGGGUUAGGCAGAUUGCCGAUGCGGUUGAGGCUCUUUUGGGCGCUGCGAAGCUUGAUGGCGCAGAUGAGACUACACUUGAAGGAAUCAUGGGGGACACUUGGGUUGUUGUAAAAGAAUACACCUGUGGUGCCAGAGAGAACGUAAUGAUGGUGGUGACGUGA